UGUGUGUGUGAGCGUGUGUGUAUCCUACAAUAAACGCACAGGAACAGAACAUAGUCUACUAUCUUUUUCGGGAAAUUCAAUGCACCGCAGGUAGUGAUCCUGAACGCUGCUCAUACAGACUGCUCUUCUCUUGGCGUGAUUUUUAAGUAUUAACAGCAUAUCGAAGAUCAUAUUGAAUGAACAUUUUGUUUAUGCUUUCCUCUCCUAUUUCCAGAGUGCGCGACGUGCAGGCGUCGACGUCGCCGAAGCCGUAGCCAAUGGUCGAUCCUCGCCCCGCCUGAAAGCCCGACCGCCGCCAUGGUGAAGUACGAGGAGGAAACCUACAGCUUCCGCCUUUCGCAGAUAGAUGACUCGAUCUACUCCGACACGGGCACCGUGUCCUCGACCUACAAGCAGCGCAUCGACUCCCUGUUCCGUGACAAGCGGCGCCCGCCCAAGGCCGUGCCCGUCAGCGGCCCCGCCAACCCCGUGCAGGAGGAGCUGGAGCGCAUGUUCGGCGGGCGGGACCAGCGCCAGAGGGCCUUCAUGGACGUGCGUGCCACCGUGCAGGCGCAGAUCGAGAGGCUCUUCGCCGACGCCACGAGCGAGCCAAGCAGCGUGAGCACGAGCGGCCGUGCCAUGGCCCCCCGCCCCCCUGCCCCCCGCGCCCCCGAGCCCCGCCCCCCCGCCGCCGCUCGCGUUCCAGCUCGCCCCGCCGAGGCUCCCCCCCCGCCCGCCGUCCCCUCCCAGUACCGCGUGGAUUACCUGGGAGCUCUCCAGCUUUCGGAAAAGGCCACGAGCCUGGAUGUGCUCCAAAUACCGCUUAAGGAUUUGUAUUAUAAGUACAGACAGAGUAUUGCUCGCGGAAAACUUCCUGUGCCCGGAACUCUGCAGAUAACCGAAGGUGGACUGAAAGUGACUCACGGAAAUUCGGACUCGUCGGACAACUACUUCGAGUUCACGAAUCCCUUCCCGACCAUCGCCGUGUGGGCGGCGGUCAAGCUCGUCAUACGCAAGGAGCUGAUCGACCAUGGCCAGGUGGGUUACACGUACGCUUUCCUGCCCCUCAUCUGCGACCCCGAGGCCCAAGACAAAUACAAUCUGUACCACCCGCUCAAUGUGUCCGACCCGUCCGUCAUGGCCGUGGCACACCAGCACCCGCCCAUGUUCGCCUGCGUCAUGAGGAAGGCCGGCGUCCCGAAGGUGCUCGAGUGCCAUGGCUUUGUGUGCGAGUCCGCCGAGGACGCCAUCGUGAUCGCGGCGAACCUGUACCAGGCGCUGCUGGAGAACAUGCGCAGCGAGGCGCCCAGCGAGGCCUCCAGCGACCCUCGGGACGAUGACAGGCACGUCAUGAGUGACAGCGAGAUGGUGCCCGUGCGACCGCCCAGGAAGAAGCGCACGCACAGAAGUGACUCGCCAGGGUUCGGCAGCGGCCUCCGUCGGGCGAACAGCGAGGACAUUCUGCAGACGCACAUCGUCCUCGACGAAACGCGCGCCAGCAGGCGCCUCAAGCGCUCCGUCAGCGACCGACAGCCAGGUGGGUUCUUGAUUGACCCGGGCGAUGUGUACACGAGGGUCGCCUUGCCGCGCUCCAAGUCCUUCAUGAACGUCACAAACAAAUAUAACUUCCAGGACCUCCUGGACGACGUCAAGCAGAAGACAGGGCUGAACAGCGUCGACGAAGUGCUCAAGCAAGUCAUCAAUCCGAAGGGCAUGUCCUUCAGCGAGAUGGACCCUGACCAUCGGGAGAUCCUCCUCAAGCUUGCCUUAACGCUGUCCAAAGACGAGAUUUACCAGCGGUCCAAGAACAUCAUGAAGAAGCAGAGAGGCCGAAGCGCGUCCCUCAUGAGCCUCAUGGACUCGGACAGCGACGGCUCCACGAUAUCGUCCGUCCUGAAGGCCACGAAGCGGUCCUUCUCUCGCCUCGGCUCGCGCGCCUCCAGCCUUCAGUCUUCUUACCUGAAGGACAAGUCGCCGCUGCGGAAGUUCGUCAACAAUAAGAGCCGCUACUCCUUCGAGAGGAGCGGGCGAGACAACGGCUCGGCGAAGCGCCCUGAGAACAAGGAGAACGAGCUCACGCACCUGCUGGAGGGAGGAGCCCGGAAGGUGGCGCCCAAGACCCCGAUGCCAAAGCGCAACCCGUCGCGCCAGAACGAGGGCUACGUGUCGUGCAGCGAGUGCGGGUAUGACAGCGAGUGCUCCAGCAAGUGCUACUGCUCCCUGCCGCGGCGCCCUCCGUCCGCGAAGCCCGCAGGGGACCACGUCCACAAGGGCCACGACUCGCCUUGUGACUGUGAUACGGAGAGUUGUGCUGAGAGUGAAAAGUGUUACUGCUCCUUGAAACGCGUGAAAAAGAACGGCCUCAAGAUGUACGAGAUCAACCUCGACUCGGAAACAGACACGAACACGGACGCGACGGGACACACCGCCGCCUCCUACAAGAAGGGCUUCGGCUCGCACUCCAACCUGAGCGAGCUGGAGUCGCACGCGACGUCGUGGAAGCGCAACACGGGAGGCUCCUCCAGCAGCGCCGCCAGGCAUAAAAGCUCGUCCUCGUACCUGACGGAGCACAGCAAGAGCCGCUCUGCGGGGACCGUUUUCUCCAUGCACCCCGAGGUCAUGAGGAAGAAGAGCCUGUCGUCCAAUCUGUCUUCGGACUCGGAAAUGUCGGUCGUGCACCGGUCGUCGGGCGGCUCCGGCUACCACAGCCAGAACAGCGGCGACCGGCGCCUCCCGCUCCAGCAGAGGACGCAGAGCACGGAGUCGCUGCUCAUAACGCCCCGCCUGCGCCGCCACCCGUCCGGCUCCCUGGGCUCCGGGGGCUCCCGCGGCUCCGGCGGCUCGUCCCAGGGCAGCGGCAGCGCCGCCGGGUCACAGCGCUCGCGCGGCUCUGCGAGCUCGCAGCAGAAGAUCCUGCUGGUGUCGGCCGUGGAUCCCUCCGGCAAGGUGGUGUACCGCGGGGCGUCGCAGCGGCAGCAGCGCGAGGGCAGCGACACGGCCUCGAUCCUCUCCAUGAAGAAGACGGCCGAGAUCGCCGCCCUCUUCUCCGAGCUCAAGCUGAACCAAACCACGGACCUCAUCGACCACCUGAACCAGUCGGCGUCGGAGUCCGAGGACGACGCCUACUCCUCCAUGCAGGCCAACAACUCCUUCCUCUUUUCCGACAACAUUGAAAACUCUCUCGGAUACCUGCCGUGAGCGCCAAACAGCGCGUGAAUGUGUGUGUAUUUGCGUGUACGUGACAGAUGGCGCCCGUGACUUCACGACAAGAGACGGUCGACCAUCUGGGGCGACCAAGCCAGCUGCAACCUGAACUUUGGGUCAGCUCGACAGUGUAUUGUGUUGAUAGUCUUCAAAGUGCAAAAUCUCUUAACUUAUAUAUAUAUAUAUUUUUAUCUAUGUGGACUGACAUCAGCAUUGAAGCUAUAUUUCAAUCGUCUUUGUAUAUAAUGAUAGGAAUGUGCAAUCUGAUUUUCCUUUUACAUUAUAACUAAUAUAAUUCUUGUGUCAAUCUUCAUUUCAAAGUGAUUUAAGAUUUUUUCAAGAAAACAUUUCAAUGAUAGUUUAUAUAUACAUGUAUAUUAUAAUAAUGUCUGAUAUCCGUCUGUUCUGCAUGGUAUAUGCAGUUUUAUCUAUUUCAUGUUGCGUAAUCAACAUAACACAGGGGUGAAAUUACAUGAAUUUCUAAAAACAACAUGCAGAUAUAGGUUGUUUCUUCUUCAUGCUAAAAUAGGUCACUCUCGAUGUGGCUCAUACUACACAACGCCAAAUCACAUCACCACAUAGAUUCACGUAUUCCUCAUCAUGCCUUUUACGCUCAUCACAUAACCACAAAACUUCGAGUAGGACUGGAAGGCUUGGCAGCUGAUCAAACAACCCAGGCUGAGAAUGAUUUGUUAUUUCCACGCCAUUCACGCACACAUUUUCAAAUCGAAGCGUUUCACAUGUCAAGGCCAUAUUCCAUACAGUUUAUAAUUACAUUCCCCAUACUCUCAUAAUCACCUUCGUAAGGAUAUAGAAGUCCCUAUUGUGGUUUACAUUUUACAUGAAUAUUCAUUUCGUCUUUAUACAUAGUCCAUAUAUACCGUUUGGACAAUUGACUAACCGCAGUGACGCUACGGCACCGUGUCUCCCAAGCCAAUGUCUCACGCCCACGCCAGGUUGAAAUAGCCUCAACUGUUGCCAAACAUACCAGCGGAAGUAUAGAAAUAGCAAGGCUGAAAACUCCGUCCAGGUGUGCUAGUACCGAUGAGUCAGGUGCGCGGAACCGCAUGCGGAAGUGAGCGCUGAUGCGAGAGAUGACUCGCACUUCGAGUACUGGAUCUCGUCCUCCACGCGAAGGGAGAGACAGUACGACUUUUUUCCCCCUAUCGAAUGCUUUACUUUUACUCUGUGGAGGAUAGUUAAGAAGAAAAAAGGGUAUCUAGACUGACUAGGUGUUUAUAGGCGCCGUCGGUAGCCAGUAUGUCAUUCAUUUUAGCAUUUCCUGUGUAGACAUAUGGAAGCAGGCGGAGGUGGUUCCCAUACGUGUGGUACGCACUCGGGUGUGGAAUUUCUCAGCUGUUCUCGUGGAUAUGCUUCUUUUGGUGCGGGUUCUACAAGGGUUCCACUGCUGUAGGUUGGAUGAGAAGUGGUGUUCUGUUUUUUUCCCGCUAUUUCUUCGUUUUUUUUGGCGAUAAUGCUUGCAAGAAAAUCAAACUAAUGUUGAGUAAUAUACCAUUACUGAACUGCUGGGCUAAACCAAACCAAAAUUGAAUUAAAUACAAAAAAGUGGGCGUCACUCAUAAGCGCUUUGCAUGGUCUUCAAACUGCACUUACGCAUGUGAGUUUUAAAGACUUGAUGAGAAUCGUGAGUUAAUAAGAUAUGUAACGGAGCGGAGCCAUGUCGACGCCGACGCCAUAUGGUCCUCGCGGCCCGCUUGGCCACCGACGGUUCCCAGUCCCCGCUCGCGCUCCCCGCAGUCUCUCAUCUUUUAAUUUCCAUCUUGCGUUUCGUCGGAAAUAGCUUAUAAGAGGCUCUGAACCGACGCUAUCAAUUCCAGGCAUCGGCGGCUUCCCGAACCCCACGAGGCGUUCGAGCGAAAUGUUGACGCGGAUUCGAUUCGGUCGAGCGCGAGCGGCGGCGGCCCACUCGCCAAUUUCUCGCGCCCGCAUUUCUUUGCCUGCUGAUGAAACGCUCCUAAUCCCAAAGGCAACGAAUCGACGGCACACAAAGCAACUCCAAGCUCCUUUCGCGGCCAAGCUCACGCUCUGAGCAUUUAGCUUGAUGCUGACGGUUUCCCAGGCGCGCUGACGUGCUUCGUUCAACUCUCCCGCGAUUCUUUUACUUUUAACGGGACAAUGUCCGCGUGCACUGUAGUGUGUAUUAUAGUGUGUAUCAUAAGAUUAGACGCCUUACAGUUGCACAGAUGCACUGUUCACAGGUGCUGUUGCAGUCGCAGUUAUCGUGACGCAUUAUCACGGGGGUCACUUCUAUCCAACCGUCUUCCAUUUUCUUCUCUAUCUGACAUGUAUCAUCUUAUUUUCCUCCGAUUCUGUGCUCUAAAGUUUCCGUAAAAAUAUUGCCCCUUCUUCUCCCCCAGGGGUCUCCCUCCCCCUCCUCCCUCCUGCCGCCCGCCCGCCCCUCGCCCGGGCAGGCCAAGGGCCCUCACUGCCGAAUUACCGCGCCAGGUAGUGCGGCAGUGAACUUCAUUCCGAGGGGGUCAGUGCCAGGUGAAGCCGCUUCCCCCUCAACGGGACGCGGGAAGCGGCUCUCAGUUUCUGGAAGCUUCUCGUCAUGCGGCAGUCGAAGUCACACGACCGGCGGCGCAGUCAUCGUCGCCGCCCUCGCAACUGCCGCCUCAGUCACCAUCAUGGUGAUCGGCGUGGCACUGCAGGCGCCCUCCAUCCGGUCACGUGGCAUAGCGCUGGCGAGGCACCCGUGUGUCACCAUCGUCAUCAAACAGCAGUCAUCAUCACGGUCACAUCAUCGUCAUCACAACAUAGGCCUCACAUCUCACCACUCUGAGCCACAUAAAGUAGGACUGACCUAAUAUUCGCCGUCACGCUCGAUCACGAUAAGCGAAAACAACAAUAACAAAUCAUUUUCCCAGCACGAGGUUUAGCCCCCGUCAUCCUCCUCCCUCCCUCCCUCCAUCUCUCCAUCUCUCCAUCUCCUAUUCACUCACCCUGUACCCACACACCCCGCUUCCUACCUCUUUCUGUACCCAAUCUCCCUCUCU